AUGUCUUCAGCGUCUGCUAUUUCAGGAGUCAGGACGCAUCUUGUCUACAGGAAGCCGCCGCCAACACCAGAGUUCCUCAACACGCCAACCAAUCUUUAUUCCGAUGCAGAGAAUUACAGAGAUAGGCGCGAAGUUUUCGUUCGCAACAUUCGCUCUGAGAUGGACCAGUUCACUACCGCGACUGAUGGACUUGAGUUCAUGAAGCAUGAGGUUGAUAUCAAAGACUGGUCUGACGAGGAUGAGGUGCGCGAGUUUCAACGCCAAUAG